AUGCAUAUGUCACACAAGGUGGAGAUCAUGCAGAGCAUGUCGACCGACCUUACCGGCUACCAAGGCGUAAACGCGGUUGGGCAGCCUUCGACGCUUGCCGCGGCGAGGGCCGACAACUUCUACUACCCGCCCGAAUGGAGCCCGAAGAAGGGUGGGCUGAACAAGUUCCACGGCCAACAUGCCCUCAGGGAGCGGGCGAGGAAGCUGGAUCAGGGCAUCCUGAUUAUAAGAUUCGAGAUGCCUUUCAAUGUCUGGUGUGGUGGAUGCAGCUCCAUGAUAGGGAAGGGAGUAAGGUUUAAUGCUGAAAAGAAACAAGUUGGAAAUUAUUACUCUACCAAGAUAUGGAGCUUCAGUAUGAAAUCACCAUGUUGCCAGCAUGAGAUAGUCAUACAUACGGACCCGAAGAAUACUGAGUAUGUUAUAAUCAGUGGGGCUCAGCGGAAGACUGAAGAUUUCGAUGUUGAAGAUGCAGAGACGCUCCUGCUCCCUGCGGAUGAAGAAAGAGACAAGCUUGCGGAUCCCAUGUAUAAGCUUGAACACCAGGGAGAGGAUAUUCGGAAGAAGAAAGAAGAGGAGCCUGUUUUAGUUCGGCUUCAACGCCUCUCUGAUAGCCGUCAUUCUGAUGAUUAUUCCCUGAACAGAACCCUCCGCGACCGCCUUAGGAGCCAAAAGAAGAGAGUUGCUGACGAGAAGAAAUCAGCGAGGAGGAUGGGGCUCGGAGUACGCCUUCUGCCACCCUCCGCAGAGGAUGCUGCCGCUGCAGCUCGUGUGAGGUUCGCCUCGAAUUUCGAGAAGAACAGGAAGGACAAGAGAGCAGCGAUCAAGGCCGCCUCCAUCUUCCCGGAGCCAUCAGGCUCAGCUUCGAAAGACAAGCUAGACCUUGCGCUGAAGAGGCGGAAUAUAAAAGCUAGUGCAGCGUCGGCGCUGAUGGCGGGCAGGGCAAAGCCGUCGUCGUGGUCGCGGCAGAGCACCGGUUCUGGAAGUGCAAGGACUGCUGUGCCGAUAUUGGCAAGGCGCAAGUAG